CUUGCGUUUGCGCGUUGUUGCAUCCUAAAAGCAGUAAAAGUAAAAUCGCCAUUUUGUGUAUUGUGUUUGUGGGUACAUGCAUCAUAAAUCGAUUUUCGGUUUGCGGUAAUUUAUAAUUUUACAAUUUAUUCGUUUUUAUCUUGACAUCUAAAUAACAAGAUGAUGACCUCAUUUCAACAACAGCGGCUUAUGAUGAGUGCUUCGGCAAAAGCACAUCCGCCUACUCCAACUAUUAGUGCACCACCACCAAUACCACCAAUACUACCACCUCCUGGUAUAUCCCCUUCAGUUUUAGCCCCAGCUAUGCCCUUACCUCCUAUGUUACCACCUAGCAUGCAAGCCCUCGGCAUACCGCCUCCUCCUAUGCCCCCUAUGCCCUCUAUGCCAAUGAACUCGGUACCUGACCAAAUUCCUCCACCUCCCAUGUCGGUGGACCCGGAACCUCCGGUAGACGCUGAACCAGAACUUUCACCAAAACCUGAAAUGGAGCCUGAUCCCAUGGAUUAUGAACCUCCUGCACCAGGAACAGAAGAAAUUCCCGAGAUACCCAUUGAUCCAGCAAGACUAUGUGAGGGAUACGAGUAUAUCUAUGAUUUGAGUCAAAUUGGCGAAGUCAUUACAGGUCCUGGUGCACGCAGCAGUACAAUUGCAGGAAUUUUAGGAGGAGCGCUACCCAAACUAUCAUCGGAUGAUGCAGAUGCAGUUAGCAAGGCAAAGAAAUACGCUAUGGAACAAAGUAUUAGAAUGGUUCUCAUGAAACAGACGAUUGCUUAUCAACAACAGCAAGAGGCUGGUCAGAGGAAUCUAAUCCAGAGGCAGCAGGCUCUCGCUCUCAUGUGCAGAGUAUACGUCGGAAGCAUCAGUUUCGAAUUGAAGGAAGACACCAUCCGUUCGGCUUUCCUCCCUUUUGGUCCCAUCAAAUCUAUAAAUAUGUCGUGGGAUCCCAUCACGCAGAAACACAAAGGUUUCGCGUUUGUCGAGUACGAGAUCCCGGAAGCGGCGCAAUUGGCGCUCGAGCAGAUGAACGGUGUCAUGAUCGGCGGUAGAAACAUUAAAGUCGUCGGAAGACCGAGCAAUAUGCCGCAAGCGCAGAACGUUAUAGAUGAAAUACAAGAAGAGGCCAAACAGUAUAAUAGAAUAUAUGUGGCGUCCAUUCAUCCGGAUUUGGUAGAAGAGGACAUUAAAAGUGUAUUCGAAGCCUUCGGACCCAUCAUUUACUGCAAACUCGCUCAAGGAAGCACUGGACACAAACAUAAAGGUUACGGAUUCAUAGAAUACGAAACAGCCCAAGCUGCCAACGAAGCCAUCGCCAGUAUGAAUUUGUUCGAUCUGGGAGGACAGUUCCUCAGGGUCGGUAGGGCGAUAACUCCGCCCAAUGCUCUUUUAGGACCUUCUUCUGGCUCUAGCGUUUUACCCACAGCAGCAGCAGUUGCUGCUGCAGCUGCAACAGCCAAAAUUCAAGCUAUGGACGCAGUUGCUAGUAACGCCGCUGCUCUAGGAUUACCUACGUUAAAUAAAGCACCAACAGUUCCUACCGUUGUGACCCAACCGGUAGUCUUGCCAGUCAUAACCCAGCCCGUUGUAGCAGGACCGACAGUUGUAACAACGGCAGCAGGUGUUCCGGCAAUCAUUCCUCCACCUGGUAUCGCCAUACCGCAAAUCACACCAAAUAACACGAUUCAGCCGGCGAUUGUUACGCCUUUGAUCACUCCACCACAAAUCGCAGCCCCCACAGUAGUCACACCGAUGAUCCAACCUUCCGGCAGUUCAGCAGAAUCGAUGAAAAAGGUCCAGGAAGCUCAGUUAAAACAACAGGAACAGCUGCAGAAGAAAUUGCUGGAUCAGAGCGAGCCACAAACGUUGCAACAACAAGAAAAUAUGUCGAUAAAGGGCCAAAACGCCAGGCAUUUUGUGAUGCAAAAACUUAUGAGAAAGGUGGAUUCGAGGGUUGUUAUUUUAAGGAAUAUGGUAGGUCCCGAGGACGUAGACGAAAUGUUGCAGGAGGAAAUCCAAGAGGAAUGUAGCAAAUUUGGAUCGGUAGAAAAAGUAAUUAUAUAUAACGAAAAACAGUCUGAAGAAGACGAUGAUUCCGAUGUGAUAGUUAAAAUUUUUGUAGAAUUUACGGAAACAUAUGCUGCAGAAAAAGCGAGAGACGUAUUAAACGGCAGGUAUUUCGGCGGAAGAAUGGUGCAAGCAUCCCUCUACGACCAAACGUUAUUUGAUCACAGUGAUUUCUCCGGUUAGCACGUUUUAUCCCAAAGACUGUUUUAAUAAGUGAAAAUUAAUAUUUUAAAGUUUUACGUUCUUAAAAGUCGUGAAAAUAUAAUUUUAUUAUAUUUUUGAUUAUUAUAUAGUGAAAAGUGAUUUAAGAAUAUUGUUUAAUAAUAUGUUAAUUUAUUA